AUGAAAUCACCAGUGCCACUUUAUUUUGGAGAUGAUAACUACAGUAGUAUCUAUGUUUACCGACAUCAUUACAACCGUCAUUAUUACUUUGCUGUUGAUAAUUACAGUAGUAUCUAUGUUUACCGACAUCAUUACAACCGUCAUUAUUACUUUGGUGUUGAUAAUUACAGUAGUAUCUAUGUUUACCGACAUCAUUACAACCGUCAUUAUUACUUUGGUGUUGAUAACUACAGUAGUAUCUAUGUUUACCGACAUCAUUACAACCGUCAUUAUUACUUUGGUGUUGAUAACUACAGUAGUAUCUAUGUUUACCGACAUCAUUACAACCGUCAUUAUUACUUUGGUGUUGAUAACUACAGUAGUAUCUAUGUUUACCGACAUCAUUACAACCGUCAUUAUUACUUUGGUGUUGAUAAUUACAGUAGUAUCUAUGUUUACCGACAUCAUUACAACCGUCAUUAUUACUUUGGUGUUGAUAAUUACAGUAGUAUCUAUGUUUACCGACAUCAUUACAACCGUCAUUAUUACUUUGGUGUUGAUAAUUACAGUAGUAUUUAUGUUUACCGACAUCAUUACAACCGUCAUUAUUACUUUGGUGUUGAUAAUUACAGUAGUAUCUAUGUUUACCGACAUCAUUACAACCGUCAUUAUUACUUUGGUGUUGAUAAUUACAGUAGUAUCUAUGUUUACCGACAUCAUUACAACCGUCAUUAUUACUUUGGUGUUGAUAAUUACAGUAGUAUCUAUGUUUACCGACAUCAUUACAACCGUCAUUAUUACUUUGGUGUUGAUAAUUACAGUAGUAUUUAUGUUUACCGACAUCAUUACAACCGUCAUUAUUACUUUGGUGUUGAUAAUUACAGUAGUAUCUAUGUUUACCGACAUCAUUACAACCGUCAUUAUUACUUUGGUGUUGAUAAUUACAGCAGUAUCUAUGUUUACCGACAUCAUUACAACCGUCAUUAUUACUUUUAUGUUGAUCACCGUCACAACUAUCCUUAUUAG